AUGGCCAUUCUCCUUCGCGAUACGGCCUUUGGUCGGACCCUGAGGCUGCUCACCAGCGAGCCAACUGGCCUCAAUCAUCAUCGCGCGGCCGUAGAUGCCGACAUUCACCCGUCCAAGGAUGAGCUUGUGCCGGAAGAAGCAGUCUAUCUGGUGAACUGGACCGGUCCUACAGACGAGGACAAUCCCCGGAACUGGCCAUCGUGGGUCAAGGUGCUGGUGCUGUGCAAUGUGUUGAUAGUCAACCUCAGUUUCUACACGGCGCCGGGAAUCUACUCAGCCAGCAUUAACUCGAUCCAGGAAUCCUUAGGUGCCUCUUAUGAGGUAGCCAUGCUUGGCCUCUCAUUGUUUGUCAUUGCGUAUGGCGUAGGCCCGCUGAUUUUCUCCAUGUCCAGUUAUCGCCCAUUUCGAAUCUCCCGGCCAUCGGUCGCACCCCGGGUCUACAUGUUUGGCUCACUGGCCUUCUGCCUAUUGAGCAUCGGAGCUGCGUUGGCGAAGAACAUACAGACAAUUAUCAUUCUGCGUGUUCUGAGUGGCCUAGUCGGAGCCUCUCCCACCUGUAUCGGAGGGACCACCAUCGCUGAGGUGUUUGGACCACGUGAAGUGCCCUACGCGUUGGCAACGUAUGUCCUGAGCGGGGUGUGUGGCCCGUCUUUCGGCCCACUACUGGGAACCGCCAUGGUGGAAGUCUCUGUGCCUUUUUCUACCUUUUAUUUCUUCUCGCCCGGAUCGCUAAUUAGACCCAUCAGCGACCGCUGGGGUUCGUGGUCUGCAGCACUCUGGCUGAUCGCUGGAAUCGCCGCCAUGUCGACGGUCUUUAUGUUCUUCCUCCUCCCAGAAACGCUGGCCGCUAACAUCCUCUAUCGUCGUGCCGCUCAUCUGCGCCAGGUAACCGGGGAUAAGAGGUACCGCAGCCCGAGUGAGAUGGAACCCAUGAAAAAUAACCUGUUCGGGGCCAUGUUCGAGCAGAUUGCCGUUGAUGUCCGACUCUCCUUUAUUGACCCUGUGAUUCUGUUCAUAAAUAUUCACACAAUGUUCAUCUAUGGGAUUUUGUAUCUCUGGUAUGAGUUCUUCCCUUACGUCUUCCAGGGAAUCUACGGUUUCACGGGAAUAGAACAAAGCUGUAGGUUCUUCUUUCCAAGUUUGCCUCGCCUUCCGAUUCUUUGGCUCACUGAACUGACCAACUCUCUAAUGGCUUUCUUUGGCAUUUUUGUCGGCGCUGUCAUCUCCGUCAGCUCUUACAUGAUCUGGAUCCAUUUCUAUUUCCAGCCCCAUGUGGCCCGAAAGGAGGCAAACAACGAAGUCGUCGAACCCGAAGAGCAAAUCUUGCCAGGUGCGGUGGGAGCCAUUUGCAUCCCGAUUUGCCUCUUCACAUUCGGCUGGACCUCCCGUAAAGAUAUCCCCUGGAUCCUUCCUAUUAUCGGUACCGCCUUCUUUGCCCCGAGAUUCCAUCUCACGUUCCAGACCGUGCUCAACUAUCUGGGUCAAUCAUACCCGAUCCAUCUCGCCGGCGUCUUUGCCGGCAACGCUUUCUUCCGCAGCGCAUUUGGCGGAGCGUUACCGAUGGCCGCCCGACGCAUGCUGCAGUCGCUCGGCAUCGGAUGGGCAUGUAGUGUGCUGGGCUUCAUUAGUCUCGCCAUGAUCCCGCCCCUCUUUAUCCUAUACCGGUACGGUAAGGAAUGGCGUUCGUCGAGUAAAUAUGCAAGUAAGUAA